AUGGAGUUCCACUGCCGGGUCCCCGGGCUUGGGGACGAGCUGGUAUCAUGCUGGGACGCAGCGCGCCUGAGGAAGCUCUCGCGCGACGACCUCGCGUCCAUGCGGACCGUGAUUGAUGUUGCGGGCAAGGCCUCGGGCCGAGCGCAGGGGCUCCCGCACCCGGUCACGGACCUGACGGUGCUCAUGAACACGAGCCAGCGGCUGUACGUCUGCGCGAGCCGGUCCUCCGCAAACAAAACGACGGUCACGGGCAUCCUCAAAGUCGGCGAGAAGCACCUCUUCUACCGCUCGCUCAGCGGCGCCAUCCGCGAGCUCAACCCCACGUGCGUCCUCGACAUCUACGUCCACGAGUCGUGCCAGCGCCAGGGGGUUGGGCGCAUCCUAUUCGACGCGUUCCUGGCCGCGGAGAACCAGGACCCGGCGUGCCUCGCCUACGACCGCCCCUCCCCGAAGCUCCGCCCCUUCCUCGCCCGCCACUUCGGCCUGGCGUCCUACGUGCCCCAGAGCAACAACUUCGUGAUCUUUGAUGCCUUCUUCAACCGAGGACAGCGCCAGCGGGCCCCCGCGCCGCCGCCCCAGCGCUCCCAGAGCUCGUCCGCGUGGCAGUCCGUGUCGUCGCGGCCCCUCACGGCGCAGCGGCGGCCUGGAUCGCGCACGCGGUCGAUCCCGCACGGCGGCGCCGACGCGGGGCUGGGGUCGCUGGGAACGGCGCUCCUCGCGGACCCGCAGCGCCGGUCGAGCGGCGUGGACGCGGCCGAGGCGUCGGAGGGGGCGAGGAGCUCGCGGGAGCGGUCGGACGGGGCCGGACCGGCGUGGCUGGGGGGGGAGUCCGGGGAGGGUGUCCGGGCGCCGGGGGGCGGCGAGCAGACGUGGGGAGGAGUCGGGGUGAGGGGCCGGCGGUGUAUACGCGGGAACGACGCCAGGGCGCCGGCGCCGCCGCCUUGGGCGGUGUGGAACGAUGCACCUGACGUCGCCCCGAGGCCGCCGGCGGCGCGGUACGGGCGCCGGGCUAUGCCGCUGUGCUGA